AGCAAAUCCAUGCUCAACAUUUCCGUUCAACCCAUGGCAACGACAAAAACAAGAUGCAACUACGUCCCGCUGCAAACGAGCCCGAAUCUCAAGCGCAGCGACUGCGCAAAGCUGACUUCCUCCACCCCGGCUACCCCGGAAAAGCAGUGCUUCUCUCGCUACCCGCACUCGAUGACGGUGGGAUCGACUUCGACACGGCGCUGGCGGCCUGUGGCCUUGUUGCCGGCAACCGGUGGAGCGACGGGUCUUUCUCACUGGACCGCAGCGCCGCUGUGAGCGUGGAGCGUCCGAGUGACGGUGUCCUACGCGAGCCAGAGUACUUCUUUCAGCUUCCCGGUCCGCUCGAUCCCCCGUAUCCCAUCGUGCCGCGCUUCUCGCACUGGCUCUUCCCGCACGACAAUCUGCCGCCCCUGUGGCAGAGAUGGGCAGCAGACGCGACCGCGGCCACGCGCACGGGCGAGGUGGCCCGGCGCUGCGUGCUUUCCAACUACGGCGACGGCCUCGAGAUGGCGCACCUGCUGCCGGCCAGCGAGGACGACUGGUGGUAUUCGAAUCGCAUGCAACGGUACUCGCCAAUGCAGCUGUUCUCAAGUAGCCCGAUUAACGGGCCGGCGAACCUUUUGACGCUGCGGGCCGAUCUCCAUCGCGUCUUUGACGAGAGGCAUUUUUGUUUGGUCCCCAAGGUUGGGGAUAAUAGUGGGGGAGACGCAGACCCGCUGGAGUCGCCGCAGCUCGUCCUGCACGUCUUCAACUCGACGCCCAGCGGGCAGCUCCCGGGACUCUGGCACAACCGCGCCGCCCACCCAAUCCCCGCGACGGUGGCGGUAGAGUGUCUCUUCGCCCGGUUUGCCUGGACCGUCCUGAGCCCUAGCGUCUUCGACAUGUUCCUCCCCUCGGCGCUCGUGCCGAGGCGCCUGCUCCUUUGGAGCCGUGACAAGGGCGAGUGGGAAACCGAAGAGGCCAGUCCCGAGAUGUGCAGGCAGUUGUGGAUGAAUUCCAGGUCGCGCUCCCCUAGGAAAAGAAGCGCACCGAGGUCUACCGGUGCCGCCGAGGAACUGUUGGUAGGAGAGAGCCUGGGUCUGUAUGACAGCGGCUACUCUAGGACAGAUGCCUCUGAGGACGACGUCUACUACUAUGAUGACGAGCUCGGCACAGCUGAGCGGCAAGAGGAGGAGCCUCGGGGGCGGUCACGGAAGCGGAGGCUCAGCUCCGAAGCGGAGCGAGACUGUGACGACUUUGGCCAGUCUUCGCGGAGGAGAAAGAUGCUAUUUUCGUAAAUCGGCAACUCGGAGCAAUACUGAUGAGGAGCGUGGUAACCUGGACGGCAUAACUUGUAUGGAAAGUGCCAAAUACCACCUUAAACUGUAAUUAUAAUAGUGGUUAUUUUAAUCGUGACAACACAUUUUAAACAAUUGGGCUAUAAAGAUU